GGACCUUUGUCGCCAGGAUAAAGCAUGUGAAUAUUACUUCAGCAUAGAUGCAGAUGUUGUGCUGACAAACAUGAAAACUUUAAGAAUACUGAUAGAACAGAACAGAAAGAUAAUUGCUCCACUCGUAACUCGUCAUGGGAAACUUUGGUCCAAUUUUUGGGGUGCUUUGAGCCCAGAUGGCUAUUAUGCUCGAUCAGAAGAUUAUGUUGAUAUUGUCCAAGGGAACAGAGUAGGAGUAUGGAAUAUUCCUUAUAUGGCUAAUAUAUACUUAAUUAAGGGACAAACUCUCAGAUCAGAGAUGAAAGAAAAGAAUUACUUUAUGCGGGAUAAGUUGGAUCCUGAUAUGGCUCUCUGCAGUAAUGAGAGAAAACGUGGUGUUUUCAUGUACAUUACCAACAGACAUGAAUUUGGAAGACUUAUUUCUACAGCCAAUUACAAUACCUCCCACUACAACAAUGACCUCUGGCAGAUAUUUGAAAAUCCUGUGGACUGGAAGGAAACGUAUAUAAAUCCCAACUACUCUAAGAUCUUCACUGAUAAUAUAGUAGAACAGCCAUGUCCAGAUGUGUUUUGGUUUCCCAUAUUUUCUGACACUGCCUGUGAUGAAUUGGUAGAAGAAAUGGAACAUUUUGGGCAAUGGUCUGGUGGAAAACACCAAGACAGCCGUAUUUCUGGAGGUUAUGAAAAUGUCCCAACUGAUGAUAUUCAUAUGAAGCAAAUUGGACUGGAUAAUGAAUGGCUGCAUUUCAUAAGAGAGUUCAUUGCACCAGUAACACUAAAAGUGUUUGCUGGCUAUUAUACCAAGGGAUUUGCUUUAUUAAAUUUUGUUGUAAAAUACAGCCCUGACAGACAACGGUCGCUCAGACCUCAUCAUGACUCCUCUACAUUCACAAUCAACAUUGCUCUCAACAAAGUAGGAGAGGACUUUCAAGGAGGUGGAUGUAAAUUUCUUAGGUACAACUGCUCCAUUGAGUCUCCCAGGAAAGGAUGGAGUUUCAUGCACCCAGGAAGACUUACUCAUUUACAUGAAGGACUUCCUAUCUUGAAUGGCACAAGAUACAUUGCAGUAUCAUUUAUUGAUCCUUAAUUUUAUUUUUUUUCCCUCUUCAACCACAGUGUUUGAUUCUUUACAUAAACAUUUAUUUAUAGAUUUCUUCUGGAAGAUGGUGAUAAAAGAAACUUUUAAGUUACUGUUCCUAGACAGAAAAGUUACUUUGGGCUAAAAUAACAAAAAAAGGAAAAAGUUCUAAAAUUGUUGAAGAUUUCUCAAUAUCUGCUCUGAGCCUUGAGUCACCAAGUAAACUUGUCCUGCUUGUUUUUCCACUCUGCUGUCUUAAAGGGUAGGUAAGGAGGGGAAAAAUGAAGAGCAUUUUAUAAUUAAUCCAUUUCUUUGUUGAAAAAAACCCAAACAACCCUAAAUAUAAAAUGAUCUGAAAAAUUUAUUGUGUUUUUCAUUCAGUAAAGUGAUACGGCUGAAGUUCUUGUGGUGUGUAUAUUUGGUACCAAGCAAUCAAAAAACACAGCAUAAAAAGGAAAUUGAGUGAAUCUUGUAUUCAGUUGU